AUGUAUUUGCACCUGAGUACAUGUACAUCGCUGUGUGUGUUAGAUAAGCUCAACGCGACGCGACCAAUUUCCCCUGAUAGGCCGUUUAAGCCGCCACAUACCAUGAAAAUCACCGAUUCUCCCCCACAGAAACGUAGACGGUGUGCCGAAACUGUUGGUCCUACUACCAAUCCAGACACAGAAGCUCUUUCCACAUGCCAAAGAGCUGGAGUGCCCAUUUUGGAUGAGUCCAAGCCUGCCUCCAGUUCUAAUUUUGAUCCAAAAGUGUUUACCGUUUUCACAGGAGAGGAAUUAUCGCUGGACAUACUAAAGAGAUUGGAGGAUAUGUCUGGUGGAGAUAUGGAAAGAGCCAUUAAUAUGUACUUUGAUGGAUCCUGGAAAACUGCAACUGCCCCUCGGUCUUUGUUAACCCUUAGCUCGUCUCGAAAAAGAAAGGAGUCAUCGAAAUCCGUAGAAUCCUUAUCAGUUGCAAACUUACUUCAAGUGGAGCCUGUUCACGAAAAUGGAGACUUGACAUCAAAGUUCGAGAAAAGGUAUAUCGGUGCUUUUGGCGUCGCUGGCUGGGCAACAAAAAGUGGUACAGGUAUGAUUUCCCAUGGAGAAUCUAUAAGAAUCGAACGGCAAAGACAGGCUUCGCAAACAACUACUGCAAGAAAAGCUACUGCAAGAAAAACAAAGGGAAAGAAAGAGACGGAGAGCGAAGGGCCAGUUGCUCCCGGAAGAAAUCCUCCGAUGAGACAACGAAAAACUCAAGAUAUCGUAGUUCGGUUCACCAAUUCUAAGGGCGAAGAAGUUGGGCGUUUGCCGCAAGACACUGCAGCCUUCGUAUCUACUCUUAUCGACCAGCAUAUUUGCUCAUUCGAAGGGUUGUGUGUAUAUGCACCGGAUAGAAUACGCACAAAUGAUACAAUUAAUAUACAAUUGAGGUGUUUCAUGCUAAGAAGAGGCUUUGAGCAAAGAAACAUUCAACCAAUUGAUACGAAUCGUGCUGCAGAUAUCUUUGCUGCAAAGGAGACAGAUGAUGAGAAAGCAUUGCGCUUAAGACAGGUGGCAUUGGUAAGGCUGUUUCAGGAGAUAGAUCUCGAGCCGUCUGCAACAAAUGCCGCCACCACCAAACACAAAAGAGCUGGCAUCCUACAAGCUGCUGAGAUGGCUGAACAGUACGAAGCAGCUGGGCCCGAAGCGGCUAGUAGCGCGGGCAAAGAAGUCUCAGAGGGGGAAAAGGAAGAAGGGAAAGAAUUGGAGCAGGACCAACUUGAUCAAUUAUACCGAAAGGCACAAUCAUUUGAUUUUGAUUACCCGGAGACAGAGCCCGCAGACACAUUUACGAUGGACCUUCGAAGGUAUCAAAAGCAAGCACUUCAUUGGUUUCUCAACAAGGAGAAGAAUAUCUCUGAACGGGAUGACGAGUCUAUGCACCCUUUAUGGGAAGAGUACAUAUGGCCUAUCAAGGACGAAAAUGAUACCAAGCUUCCUAGAGUUAUUGGUAAGGAUAAAUUCUACGUCAAUCCGUAUUCCGGUGAGCUUUCACUUGAGUUUCCACGGCAGGAGCAAAAUUGUUUAGGCGGCAUUUUGGCGGAUGAAAUGGGUCUCGGAAAAACAAUUGAGAUGCUUAGUCUCAUACAUUCCCAUAAGUCCGACCUUGCGAACAGCUUACAAUUUUCCUCCAAGAAGAAGAAAUUGCCAAGUUUCCAGAAAGUAUCUAGCGAGGUGGAUCCUGCACCAUGUACAACGCUUGUCAUUGCCCCAAUGAGCUUGUUAUCACAAUGGCAGUCAGAAGCAGAGGCAGCUUCAAAGCCCGGUACCCUCAAGACUUUGGUCUAUUAUGGCUCUGAAAAGAAGGUUUCUUUGAAGAACAUAUGUAGUGUUGAAAACGCUGCCACUGCACCGAAUUUGAUCAUUACGAGUUAUGGGACUGUUCUUUCGGAAUAUACACAGAUUUCCAAGACGGGCGGUAAUCGAGGGCUUCAUAGCGGACUUUUUUCAGUAAAAUUCUUCAGAAUUAUAUUAGAUGAAGGGCACCACAUCAAGAACAGAUCAAGCAAAACGGCAAGAGCUUGCUAUGAACUCAGCGCCGAGCACCGCUGGGUUCUAACAGGUACGCCUAUCGUCAAUCGGCUAGAAGAUCUAUUCAGCCUAGUGAGGUUUUUACGAGUCGAGCCUUGGAGUAAUUUCUCUUUCUGGAAGACAUUCAUCACUGUCCCUUUUGAGGCCAAAGAUUUUCUACGAGCUCUCGACGUUGUCCAAACCGUAUUGGAACCACUUGUACUGAGGAGAACCAAAGAGAUGAGAACGCCUGAUGGGAUGCCUUUGGUUCCUUUACCCCCUAAAAAAAUCAUUAUCGAGAAGAUUAUACUUUCGAGGGCUGAAAGAGAAGUAUAUGAUCAUCUUAGAAACCGAGCAAAACAAUCCCUUGCACAUAAUCUUGAGGCAGGUACACUCAUGAAAUCAUACACCAGUAUCCUUGCGCAAAUAUUAAGACUUCGUCAAUCAUGUUGUCAUCCGACCCUGAUCCGGAAAAAAGAGAUCGUUGAAGAUGAACUGGAGGCUGAAGCCGCAUAUGACGCAGCUAAGGGCUUCAGUGACGAUAUGGACCUGAAUGAACUCAUCGAUCGGUUCUCAGAUCAGCAAAACGAAGAAAAUUCUAAUAUAUAUGGCGUAGAAAUACUCAAGCAAAUUCGGGACGAGGUAGAGCAUGAAUGUCCAGUCUGUUUUUCGGCCCCCAUGGAUGAUAUGACUGUCACUGGGUGCUAUCAUGCGGCCUGUAAAGAAUGCUGGAUGGAUGUGAUUGAGAGAGGCAGGGAGAAAGAGGAGGUACCAAAGUGUGUCAUCUGCCGCGAAGCGAUAAAUGAACGAGAUCUUUUCGAGGUCAUUCGGCAUCAACCUGACAAACCCAUGGAUGGCAGUAGAGAAGACAUGUCGCCGUUGGAGAUAACCCUUCGGCGGGUUAAUUCCAGAUCAUCAGCAAAAAUUGAAGCUUUGAUUAAGAAGCUAAAGCAGCUAAGAAAGGAGGAACCAAACACAAAAAGCACUAUUUUCUCCCAGUUCACAUCUUUCAUUGAUCUUAUUGAGCCUGCGUUAAAAAGGGAACGAAUCACAUUCUUCCGCUUUGAUGGUUCAAUGCAGCAACAACAACGUGCAAUCGCCAUUGAUAGCUUCAGGACAUAUGAAGGCGCUGCAGUUCUUAUAAUAUCUCUCAGAGCCGGGGGUGUCGGGCUUAACUUGACGGAAGCGAAGAGAGUUUUCAUGAUGGACCCGUGGUGGAGUUUUUCCGUAGAGGCUCAAGCAAUUGAUCGGGUUCACAGGAUGGGGCAGACUCAAGAGGUUAUCGUCCAUAGGUUUAUUGUUGAGGGGAGCGUUGAGGAGAGAAUGGUCAACAAGAUACAAGCAAAGAAGAAGUUCAUUGCGUCGUCAUUGGGGAUGAUGAAUGAUGACGAAAAAAGACAGGCCCGGAUAGACGAUAUAAAGGAUCUUCUUAACGACUAG